CAUCUCCAUUCUCUCCAUUCUCUCCAUUCUCCAUUAUUCUCCAGUUCCGGCCGUGGCGGAAGGGCGUUCCCGGGAUUAUGUAAUCGUGAAGCUUUGGGAGCUUUUUCACGACGAGCUUCCAAUUUUUCCCCCUAAAGCUUCGAGUCUUUGCGACCUUUAUCAUCUGUACAUUAAAUUGCCCGGCACCCGAGUUGUCCCGCUCCGCCCUCUGCCCCUCACCAUGUUUUGCCGCCUCAAGUCAACCCCACUCUCCCUCUUUUCUUCUUCUUGCUCCUUCCAUCCUUUUGCCUACCGAUCAUUCACAUCAUCCGCAAUCAUGUCCGGAAACACCAAGGCUUUCUUCGAGGUCCAGUACGCCCCUGUGGGCUCCAGCACCCCCAAGGUUGGCCGCAUCAACUUCACCCUCUACGAGGCUGAUGUCCCCAAGACCGCCAAGAACUUCCGUGAGCUCUGCAAGCUCCCCGAGGGUCAGGGCUACAAGGGCUCCGGCUUCCACCGUAUCAUCCCCCAGUUCAUGCUGCAGGGUGGUGACUUCACCCGCCACAACGGCACCGGUGGUCGCUCCAUCUACGGCGAGAAGUUCCCCGAUGAGAACUUCAAGUUCAAGCACAGCCGCCCCGGCCUCCUGUCCAUGGCCAACGCUGGCCCCAACACCAACGGCUCCCAGUUCUUCAUCACCACCGUUGUCACCUCUUGGCUCGAUGGCAAGCACGUCGUCUUCGGCGAGGUCGCCGAUGACGCUUCCAUGCAGGUCGUGAAGGAGCUCGAGGCCCUCGGCUCCUCCUCCGGCUCUGUCCGCUCCGCUACCAAGCCCACCAUCGUCAACUGCGGUGAGGCUUAAACUACUCGAUCUUUCAUGAUUUGAGUUGAGUUUUGGUGGCAGAGUCCCUUCUUUCAGCGUGGGGUCUCCCUCAACGAAAAAUAGUGGGGGCGGGCUGGAUUGGCCGUUCUUGGUGGCUUUCCCUUUUUGCGCGGUGUGAUCUAGACAGUCUACCAAGCUAGUCAUGCAUGCUCCCCAAUGUAGGGAAUCCCAACUA